AUGCGUCUUUCACCAUCAUGGUAUCAGUUCCUGGUUGGCGUGUUCGCCUCCUUGGGUUCAUUUCUAUACGGAUAUGAUUUGGGUGUCAUUGCCGAGGUUAUUGUUUGCGAAUCAUUCGUAACCAAGUUUGCCACCAAUAGCACGCAGAGUGGUCUGGUUGUUUCUUUGUUUACCUGCGGCGCGUUUUUCGGCGCUGGCUUCGCAGGUCCCAGUGGCGAUUACCUUGGUCGAAGAAAGACAAUAUGCUUGGGAUGUAUUCUCUUCUGCUUGGGAGGAGGCCUGCAGACUGGAGCCCGGACCAUCGCUUUCCUAUAUAGUGGACGAUUCUUUGCCGGGUUAGGAGUUGGCUUUCUCACUAUGGUAAUUCCACUUUAUCAAGCCGAGAUCUGCCAUCCCAGCAUUCGUGGACGAGUCACUGCACUUCAACAAUUCAUGCUGGGUGUGGGUGCUCUUUGCGCUGCAUGGAUCUCAUACGGUACCUACAUUGGCUUUGCUCCAACCAAUGAUGCUCAAUGGCAAUUGCCAUUGGGAUUGCAGAUCAUCCCUGCCGUACUGCUGGGUUGCUUGAUCAUGGUCUUCCCUGAGUCUCCCCGUUGGUUGAUCGAUCACAAUCAACCCGAAGAAGGUCUUAAAACACUGGCCAGGCUUCACGCCCAUGGCAAUGAAAACGACCCCUGGGUACAAGCAGAAUACUCUCAAAUUCAAGAGAGUAUCACCUUCGAACACGAGAACGAAGCCAAGUCGUACAUUGAACUGUUCAAGAAUCGAUCUUCGUUCCGACGUCUUUUCCUCUGCUGUGCUCUUCAGGCUUCAGUCCAAAUGACAGGUGUAUCUGCCAUCCAAUACUACUCAGUGAAAAUUUAUGAACAAAUCGGUAUUUCCGGUGAAGCCACUCUCCGCUACCAAGCCAUCAACUCAAUCAUCGCCCUGAUCGCCCAAUUCCUCUGUAUCCUCCUGAUCGACCGAUUCGGUCGUCGAUGGACCCUUAUCGGCGGAAACCUAGGCAACAUGGUCACAUUUAUCAUCGCCACUGUGCUGCUCGCUAAGUUCCCACCGACAACCCAGAGCACUGGCGCUCACUGGGGCUUCAUCAUCAUGACUUGGCUAUACAACUUUUCCUUCAGCGCAACAUGUGGUCCGCUGUCUUGGAUUAUUCCUGCCGAGGUAUUCGACACACGAACUCGUUCAAAGGGUGUGUCUAUUGCUACUAUGACUUCAUAUGCAUUCAAUACGAUGAUUGGACAGGUCACUCCCAUUGCGAUGGACAGUAUUCACUAUCGGUUCUACUUCCUUUUCGUGAUUUGCAACUUCACAAAUGCGAUAUUCUUCUAUGCUCUCUUGCCUGAGACAAAGAAGGUGCCGCUUGAGGAGAUGAACUACAUGUUUUCUCAUGCACCGUGGAUUGUACCUGGUACUAAGAAGGAGGAUUACAUGCCUCAUGAUUUGGAGCGCAAGGUUGAAGAGCAAGAGAUCAAGCAGAAUACGAUGCAUUACGAGUAG